UUGUGUCGCGUUAACUAAACGAAGAUGACGUCGUUUUUGGUUUUUAUCGUCUUUCUUUGUGUGGGAUCCAUUACAGCAUCUCCUGAUCGCAUUGUGGGUGGUCAACCCACUAAUGUUGAAACGUAUCCUUCUAUAGUGCAAGUAGAAUUCCUGAGCCAACUUACAAGCAUAUGGUCGCAUAAUUGCGGUGCCAGUAUCCUAACCUCAAGAUUCGUUUUGUCUGCGGCACAAUGUUUUACUGGAUGGAACUCAGAUGCGCCAUUCCGCCGUAUAAGAGCUGGUGCAACUUACCGUCACGUUGGAGGUUUGGUUGUAUACGUUGACGAGGCUUUGAACCAUCCCAGCUAUGGCUCCAGCGGUAUAGGUGGUGACAUCAGCGUGGUGAGACUUAAGACUGCGCUGUCUUACUCCCCCACUAUCCAGCAAGCUACCAUCGUAACGCAUGGUUCAACUGUGCCCGACAAUCAUGCAGUUGUCUUUGCUGGAUGGGGACGGAUUGCCUCAGGUGGUCCUCAUUCGCAUGUACUACGAGACGUCACAGUAUACACCAUCAACAACGAGCUUUGUGCGCAGCUAUACGGGCAGCUGUCAGUGCCGCUUAACAUUACACAGGAUAUGAUAUGUGCUGGUGUAUUGAACGUUGGUGGUCGAGAUGCCUGCCACGAUGAUUCUGGUGGACCGGUGUAUUUUGGGGACAUUGUUGUUGGCGUGAUAUCGUUUGGUUACGACUGCGCCAAUGGCAGCUGGCCGAGCAUUAGCAGCGCUGUUGGAUCAUACACUGAUUGGAUUAUUGAAUCUGCAGUUUUGACUUAA